CAGCGCGGCGGGGGUGGGUGACUCGGUGCGGCACCAAGAGCCAAAAUGAGGGACGCGGGGAAAUUAUUCACACACCGGACACUUACCAUGCGGGGGGAGGGAGGAAGGAAGAUGGGUUUCCAAUACUUUCACUUUCUUGUGCCCCUGUGUCCGGUGGGAAGCCCAGGAAAAGUGCGGGGAUGCUAAACUUGAGUGGAACUUGGGGACUGAACUGAGGGAUGUGCCUGGAAAUGAGGGAUGGUUGCUAGAUAUGCGCUGACGCUUUGGGUUGCUGGCCUAACUUCCCAACUGAAUUAACUGCCACAGUAAAAUUAGUUUUACUGGGGGACUGAGUCAUCUAUCUGCCGCCCUGACCGGGAAAACCGAGAAGUCUGCUGCUUGCCUGGGGCUAAGAUUCGCGAUGUGACGGAGAGACUGCCGAGACUCAUCAAGCCCUCGGAUCGCUACCCCUUCCUGCUUCUCCACGUGGGCACCAAUGAUACUGCCAAGAAUGACCUUGAGCGGAUCACUGCGGACUACGUGGCUCUGGGAAAAAGGAUAAAGGAGUUGGAGGUGCAAGUGGUGUUCUCGUCCAUCCUCCCCGUGGAAGGAAAAGGCCUGGGUAGGGACCGUCGAAUCGUGGAAGUCAACGAAUGGCUACGCAGGUGGUGUCGGAGAGAAGGCUUUGGAUUCUUUGACCAUGGGAUGGUGUUCCAUGAAGGAGGAGUGCUGGGCAGAGACGGGCUCCAUCUUACGAAGAGAGGGAAGAGCAUCUUUGCCAGCAGGCUGGCUAACCUGGUGAGGAGGGCUUUAAACUAGGUUCACUGGGGGAAGGAGACCAAAGCCCUGAGGUGCUGAAGAGCUGUAUCUCUCAUUGGUCCAAGGUGUCUGAAGACCAGUAACUGAGGCAACCAAAAUCAGCAGCCCCUUUAAAAAGAAUGACCUUAAGAGUCCACAGGAACUACACAUUGAUCAAACAGGAAACAUUAAGGGAGAGAUUGUCCAGUUUGACCAAUGUACAUGGCAGAGGGGCAUUGCUGGCACAUGAUGGCAUAUAUCACAUUGGUGGAUGUGCAGGUACUGCAGGGACAGCUAAAGAUGUAACAGAAGAAUCGGUGUCAGAAGAUGACAAAAGGAGGAACUAUGGUGGUGUAUACGUUGGUCUGCCAUCAGAGGCUGCUACCAUGGCUCCCAGUCAGAAAAAGACUGAACCUAAAGAUUAGAGGAAAAUAAUACACCAAGAUUCAAUCAUCAGGAGUCCUUUGCAUAGAUCACUCAUCUAAACUUAAGGGACAGCUGUCUUUCUGCUGAAGAUUUUUAUAUAUCCAGCCAGCAAGAAAGUUCAAAGCACCAAAAAUCUUAAUUGUUGCAAGAUUUAUUUCUUCACAAAGCAUUAAAGGAAAAAUAUAACUACUGCCUACCACAUUAUUGUGUUAUGUCUUCCAUUUUAUGUAAUAUCAUAAUGAUAUUUUCUCAUACAAAGAUGAUAGUGAUGAUGUUGCCAGAGAUAGCUGGACUAAACCUCAAAUCUGCACAUUCCUAAACUCUAGAGAGGAGUUUUGAUUAGUCUUCAAGUUUUGUACCUCAAGUUUGUCUCUGAGCAUUUCAGUAUGUAUGGUAAAUUGCAAUAGGGUAAAUGUUCUGUUACUUCUGUAUACUGUAGGGUUUAAUGAUGGAUGGGUCAUUAAAAACCCAUUAACUUCAUAACUACUGAAAGUUUCCCACAAAACACCAAACUAAUUGUACAUUUCCACAUGGCUGAAAGUGAUUUUAAAUGAUUAAAGCAUUUUGCAUAA